GCAGAAGUUAGAGCAAUAUCCUGUUUUGAAUUCUGGGAGGUAGGGGAGAAUAAUCUAAGCUAUAAAACACAGUAAGAAUCCUCCACAGAGUGCCGGUGAUGCUGGUUUAGGGCCCAUGGUCUUUGAAUAAGCUGGAAUACAACAGCAGGCGGAACAAUGGCACAACAAACACCUGUAGCAGAAAGCCUGCUUUAUUUUUAUGAUCGUCCUAAAGAACCAGUAUUCUUUCCCAAGGGCAACAAUGAUGUCAUAUUUCAACUACCUGAAGAUUAUCUGUCUUCACGCAGUAAAACCAUUGUAGAUGAACUCCCAAGCCGAUUUGGGCGUGUUAAGGAAGAGAUUCAGAUUCGUAAGAUUGACCUUCCUGAUUUAAGUGAACCCAUGAGACUGGGUAAAAGAGAAAACUUCUCUGUUUUCAUUCCGUACCACCGACAGCUUGCAGCACGUGUUAUUGAAGUGCUUAUGGGUAUGCGAACUACAGAGGACUUUCGUUCAGCUGUGGCUUAUUGCAGAGAGAAUUUGAAUCCACUUCUGUUCAUAUAUUCUUUCUCAGUAGCAAUGUUACAUAGACCAGAUACCAGAAAUGUGAAUAUUCCACCAUUGUCAGAAACAUUUCCUGACAAGUUCAUAGGUGGAGGACUACUUAAUCGUGCUCGAGAAGAGGCCAACAUAUUUCAGACAGAUGGGACCAGGGUUCCUCUCAGAUUGCCUUUGGAUUAUACUGCCUCAGAUGUGGAAGAAGAACACCGUGUUGCCUAUUUUAGAGAAGACCUGGGCAUCAACCUGCAUCAUUGGCACUGGCAUCUCGUAUACCCCUUCGAUGGCCCUGAUGUUGUUGUCAGGAAAGAUCGCAGAGGAGAACUCUUUUACUACAUGCAUCAACAAAUUGUCGCCAGGUACAACUGUGAGCGUUUUUGUAACAAGCUUGGACGUGUAAAGCGUUUGCAGAGUUUAUCAGAGCCAAUCAAGGAAGCUUAUUUCCCAAAGCUGGACAGCUUUGUGGCUAGCCGUGUGUGGCCACCACGCAACAGCAAUGUUAUGCUCAGUGAUGUAGAUCGUGAGCAAGAACAACUUAAAUUUGACAUCCAAGACCUGGAGCGAUGGAGAGAUCGCAUGUUUGAUGCCAUCCACCGUGGCACAGUUAUACAGGAAAAUGGCCAGGAGAUGCAACUGACUGAAGAUGGUGGCAUAGACAUUCUUGGUAACAUCAUGGAGUCAAGUACAAUAUCCAUCAACCGCCGAUAUUAUGGGAACUUGCACAAUCUAGGCCACGUUGCUCUCGCUUUGUGCCAUGACCCUGAUAACAGACAUUUGGAAACCUUUGGAGUGAUGGGAGACUCAGCUACUGCAAUGAGAGAUCCUGUAUUCUAUCGAUGGCAUGCCUUUGUUGAUGACGUUUUCCAAGAACACAAAGCAACCCUCCCUCCAUACACAUUGCAAAAGCUUCAAUUUGAUAAUGUGAACAUAGCAGGUUUCUCAGUACAAACUGAUGGGUCAAAAGCUCCAAACCAGCUGGAAACAACAUAUGAUCAAAAUGAUGUAAAUCUUACAAGAGGAAUGGACUUUACUCCAAGAGGAAAUGUCUUUGCAAGAAUAACUCAUUUGAACCACAAACCUUUCACAUACAUAAUAAAUGUCAAUAACAAAGGUCCUCAACGAUUAGGAACAGUGAGAAUAUUUUUGGCACCCAAAUUUGAUGAACGAGGCAUUACUCUCUUGCUGAGAGAUCAAAGACUCCUUUUCAUUGAGCUUGAUCGUUUCACAACAAACUUGAAAAGUGGAAAUAAUACAAUCAGGCGGAAAUCAACGGAGUCGUCUGUGACCAUUCCCUUUGAGCAAACUUUCCGUGAUCUCACAACAAACCGGCCAACAGACAGUGAAGGUUUGUCCAGGUUUAACUAUUGUGGUUGUGGCUGGCCUCAGCACAUGCUCAUCCCUAAGGGGACGCCUGAAGGAUUCCCUUGUGAACUUUUUGUCAUGAUCUCAAACUAUAAUGAUGAUAAGGUUGACCAAUCAGUAGAUGCAGAAACUUGUGACGAUGCCUCAAGUUAUUGUGGCAUACGUAACAAGAAGUAUCCUGACAAAAGGGCCAUGGGUUUCCCAUUUGACAGACCACCUAGACAAGGUGCCAAUACUCUGGCUGACUUCCGCAGAAACUUGCCUAAUAUGAGUGUUAUUGAUGUGAAAAUACGUUUCACACCACCUGCCACCAAUCCAAAUAUUGUUGACUGAUUUUAUGAGACAAAUAAAUGGUCUUCUUUUUGUUUUAUCUGAAAUGAAAUAAUGUGAACAGGAGGAACUUGAACUCAAGAGAAAGACUUCAGCCAUUUAAUAGAUUGUGUUGUCCUGCAGAAUGGCAUAGCAAUUUUAAAAAAGGUCGCCUGUUGGAUUUAUGAUGAUGACUAGCAAUGGACAUGGCAAAUGAGUUGUAUGUACAAGUGUAUUAUAAACUUGAUAUAAAUAAAAGACUUAGCUCAGAAA